AGUUUUUCAGCGGCAUUGCUGGCGUUCAAGUCGUUGCGCUAAGCCGUUCACAACAACGAGACGUUCAUUUUGACACAACAACAGCAACCAACAACAUGAACGGCCCAAAACAUAAACUGUGCACCAAACUGUCCAGCACAUAUUUGCGCAAGUGGUGGAUUACAAUUGCCAUUGCGGCCAUUUUAAUAAUUGGCGGCAUUGUUGUGGCUUGUGAAUUCUCCGUGCUAAUUAAUGCGAUCGUCGAUCGCAUGGUGGCCCUGCGACCCGGCGCCAAGACCUUCAACUGGUGGGCCAAGCCACCAGUGGAGCCCCGAAUCAGUCUCUAUGUGUACAACGUCACCAAUGCAGACGAUUUCCUUAGCAAUGGCUCAAAGGCCAUUGUCGACGAGGUGGGACCAUAUGUUUACACCGAGACAUGGGAAAAGGUGAACAUUGUGGAGAAUGACAAUGGCACGCUCAGCUAUAACCUGCGCAAGAUCUACACGUUUCGUGAAGAUCUGUCCGCGGGUCCCGAAGACGAUGUAGUAAUUGUGCCCAAUAUUCCCAUGCUGAGUGCCACAUCGCAGAGUAAACAUGCAGCCAGAUUUUUGCGCCUGGCCAUGGCCAGCAUCAUGGACAUACUGAAGAUCAAGCCGUUUGUGCAGGUAUCGGUGGGUCAGCUGCUCUGGGGUUAUGAGGAUCCGUUGCUGAAGCUGGCCAAAGACGUUGUGCCCAAAGAGCAGAAGCUGCCUUACGAGGAGUUCGGACUUCUCUACGGCAAAAAUGGCACAUCAUCGGAUCGUGUCACCGUGCACACGGGCGUCGAUGAUAUCACGCAAUACGGCAUUAUUGAUAAGUACAAUGGACGCACACACUUACCGCACUGGACGACGGAGGAGUGCAACCGCCUGAACGGCACCGAUGGUUCCAUUUUCCCUCCUCACAUCGAUCACAGCCGCAUUUUGCAUGUAUACGAUAAGGAUUUGUGUCGUCUACUGCCACUUGUUUUUGAAAAGGAAGUAAUCACAAAGAACGAGGUUCAGGGUUAUCGCUUCACGCCACCCGAAUCUGUGUUUGCCGACGUCGAUAGGAGUCCGGAGAACAUGUGCUUCUGUCCGGCCGGUCAGCCAUCGUGCUCACCCAAUGGCCUGUUCAACGUUUCACUCUGCCAAUACGACUCUCCCAUUAUGUUGAGUUUCCCACAUUUCUAUCUCGCCGAUGAUAGUCUCCGCACUCAGGUCGAGGGUAUUUCGCCGCCCGAGAAGGAGAAACAUCAGUUCUUCUUCGAUGUACAGCCCAACAUGGGAACUACCUUGCGCGUCCGUGCUCGCAUACAAAUCAAUCUGGCUGUCAGCCAGGUGUUCGAUAUCAAGCAAGUGGCCAACUUCCCGGACAUUAUUUUCCCCAUAUUGUGGUUCGAGGAGGGCAUUGACAGUCUGCCCGAUGAGGUGACGGAUCUGAUGCGUUUUGCUGAGGUUGUCCCACCCAAAAUUCGCAUCGUCCUCAUUGUGGUGUUGUGCGCCCUCGGCGUGGGUCUGUUGCUGUUGGCGACCUUUUGCCUAAUCCGAAACUCGCAUCGACAAAGUACUCUGCAUUUGGAGGGCUCCAACUAUUUGGCUACGGCGCAAGUGGACAUGAAUAAGAAACAGAACAAGGACAAUAAUCCAAGCAAUGUGAGAUAUUGAGCGUAGACCUUAAGCAUUUAGUCUGUAAACCUUAGCUAGGAACGCAAGAGCACACCUGAACCCUAUCGGAUGGGUUGGGAAAAGUGUGCGCCUGCGUGGUAUAGUCUAGAACAAAUGGAGCUGGGAAGACUUGUAUGUACUUAUUGUGUAUUGUAGUAGGUUCUAUCUUUUUAAGUAUACUAUAUAUGUGCGUGUACUAUUAAAUUCGAUGUUUAGGUUUUAGUCUUCUUAACAACUAUGUAUGUACUUAAGAACGGUCGUGAUCGCUUUAAGUCUCAAAUGUGUGGCUCAAUUCGGCUACUCAGCAACUCAAAACAAACAAAACAAACAAAAAACGAAAGCAAAAACCAAGAAAAAAAUGAAAAAAACACAUAAUCACAAAAUUGUUGUAUUCCAAUUUUAUACCAAAAAAAUUGUUGAAGCAUUGCGGUUUGCCAAAUUCUAUGUCACAAACGGUUCUCAAAAAUUCAACUGUAAUCAAAGGAAUUCCAUGUUCGCCGUCCAUACAAAUGUGCUUCAUUAGACCAAAAUCCGAACAUUUGAUGUGGCGCGAUUUAAUUAAGUUGCAUUAAUCAAUUAUAUAUGUUUGUAUGUAUAUGCAUUGUGUUAUUGUAUAAUCGCAGUAUGACUUAAUAAAUACAAUAAAAUACGCUAUUAUUUUAAUAAGGCACAUCAAAUCGA